AUGGCUCCGAAAGAUGUGGAUAACCAUUCUAAAUCCAAGGAAGUUUAUCUGUCGAGAUCAUCUCCAUCGUCUUCGCAAAAAUUUUCCCAGUUCGAUCGGCCGGGCUUUGUCGUGAUUCUUUUCAAGAGCCGUGCCGAAAUCGAAAGUUCUUGGCGACACGAUGGGUUCGCCAGCACAUUUGGCACCUUACGAAUACCCUCCGAGGUCUUAGAACUCACACCGAUCCAGAGAGUGGUUCCAAAAGGCGCUGUAAUCAGUGCAACACCACCCAGCGUGGAGGCUUACGCUGCCCUGGGGUUGGAACUUCGUUCCCCCGCAGGCGAAGAGGCGAUCACCGUCCCGACGCAUGCAUUUGUCGCUCUCCGGGAAUUCGUCCAGCCCCCCCCCGUCUCCGUCUGGCAAAUUGGUAUCAUCAUGUCGAGGUUGAGCUCGCCCGAUUUUCGCUCGUUAUAA